CGUUUAGGAAGCCGGUGUGUUGGGAGAUGAGCGGGGCUGUCCUCCGCCGGUGGUACCCGACUCCACGGCUGUGCACCGACUCCCCACCCACCCUCCUCAGCCUUUCCCCUCGGCCUCCGUUCGUUCGCUGCAGGACCAGGCACGAAAAUUAAGACAAAAUGAAGAUUUUUUCCGAAUCUCAUAAAACGGUGUUUGUUGUGGAUCACUGCCCGUACAUGGCAGAGUCGUGCAGGCAGCAUGUCGAGUUUGAUAUGCUGGUGAAGAAUAGGACCCAAGGGAUCAUCCCUUUGGCUCCCAUCUCCAAAUCCUUGUGGACGUGCUCAGUAGAAUCGUCCAUGGAAUACUGUAGAAUCAUGUAUGACAUAUUUCCUUUCAAAAAGCUGGUGAAUUUCAUUGUGAGUGACUCAGGAGCUCAUGUUUUAAAUUCUUGGACUCAAGAAGACCAAAACUUACAGGAGUUUUUUUUUUUAAGUCUCAUGCAGAUUCAAAAAUGUGAGUUGGUCUUGAUUCACACCUACCCCGUUGGUGAAGACAGCCUUGUGUCUGAUCGUCCUAAGAAAGAAUUGUCCCCGGUUUUGACCAGUGAAGUCCACAGUGUUCGAGCUGGACGGCAUCUGGCCACCAAGUUGAAUGUUCUAGUACAGCAACAUUUUGACUUGGCUUCAACGACCAUCACAAACAUUCCUAUGAAGGAAGAGCAGCAUGCCAACACAUCUGCCAACUAUGACGUGGAGCUACUUCACCACAAAGACGCACAUGUAGAUUUCCUCAGAAGUGGUGACACCCACUCGGGCGGCAGCAGCAGAGAAGGCCCAUUUAAGGAGACCGUGACCCUGAAGUGGUGCACACCCAGGACCAACAGCAUUGAAUUACACUAUUGCACUGGAGCAUAUCGCAUCUCACCCGUAGAUGUAAACAGUAGACCUUCUUCCUGCCUCACGAAUUUCCUCCUCAAUGGUCGAUCUGUGUUGUUGGAACAGCCACGAAAGUCAGGUUCCAAAGUCAUCAGUCACAUGCUUAGCAGCCAUGGAGGGGAGAUCUUUUUGCAUGUCCUUAGCAGCUCUCGAUCCAUUCUAGAAGAUCCGCCUUCCAUUAGUGAAGGCUGUGGAGGAAGAGUUACAGACUACCGGAUUACAGAUUUUGGUGAAUUUAUGAGGGAAAACAGGUUAACUCCUUUUCUAGACCCCAGAUAUAAAAUGGAUGCGAGUCUAGAGAUCCCGCUGGAACGUGCAAAGGACCAGUUAGAAAAGCACACCCGUUACUGGCCCAUGAUUAUCUCACAAACCACCAUUUUCAACAUGCAAGCGGUCGUUCCAUUAGCCAGUGUUAUUGUGAAAGAGUCUUUGACAGAAGAAGACGUGUUAAACUGUCAGAAAACUGUAUACAACUUGGUCGACAUGGAAAGGAAAAAUGACCCUCUUCCUACUUCUACAGUGGGCGCCAGAGGGAAGGGCCCCAAAAGAGAUGAACAGUACCGUAUCAUGUGGAAUGAAUUAGAGACCCUUGUCAGAGCUCAUGUCAGCAACUCAGAGAAGCAUCAAAGAGUCUUGGAGUGUCUGAUGGCAUGUCGGAGCAAACCACCGGAAGAAGAAGAGCGGAAGAAGCGAGGGAGGAAGAGGGAAGACAGGGAGGACAAGUCAGAGCAAGCCGUGAAGGACCAUGGGCCUGAGAAGCCCCGGCCAGACUCAGACAGGUUGAAGGGGAUUUUAGAACGCGGGAAAGAAGAGUUGGCUGAAGCAGAGGUUAUAAAGGACUCACCUGACUCCCCAGAGCCUCCAAACAAAAAACCCCUUGUUGAAAUAGAUGAGACGCCGCACAUGGAAAAGUCUAAAGGGCCAGUGUCCUUAUUAUCCUUGUGGAGUAACAGAAUCAACACUGCCAAUUCCAGAAAGCACCAGGAGUUCGCUGGACGUCUGAACUCUGUCAAUAACAGAGCUGAGUUAUAUCAACACCUUAAGGAGGAAAAUGGGAUGGAGACAACAGAAAAUGGAAAAGCCAGCCGUCAGUGAAGAGUGACUUGAGGAACUAAAUUUAGUAUAUUGCAAAAAUAUUUUGGGCAGAAUUUGAUAUAAGUACUUUUACAGCAAGAUUGUAUAGCCAUGUUGCCUGGACUGGUUUUUACAUUUUUAAAGAAUUUCAACAAAAUAUCUUUUUUGUACUAAUUCUAUGAUUGGCAGAGUCAAAAUAUAUACAUUUGAAAUUUGUCCUCCCAAAUCACAAUUUAUUUUAUGGUAAAAGGUGUUCCCUCUGAAAAUGUUUUUUAAAAAACUUCUUAGGCAUCUCUUUGCCAAAUAAAACUAUUAAACUAUAUGAAAUGCAAA